AUGGAAACUCCAGAGAGGGUUCAAGAUUCAUUCUUCAAAUAUCGCCCUACUGUGAAUCUUGCCCCAGAUGACACACAUAGCCAAGCCGUGGACUGGUUUGACCCCGCCACGACCGACGACUGGCUGAACGAAGAGAUCGAAUCACGCAGAAAUGCUCUCGCCUCGACACCAAGUCAUCUUCAAGAUAGAACAAUGUUUUGUGAGCUUUCGAGGCUCAUUUUUCAGCAUUAUCUUCGGUUUGGAAUAGAAAAGUCUUUGGUUGAUGCAAUCGAGCUGGAGCGAAAGGCUCUGGAGUACAUCAGCACUGGCUUUCAGCAUGCCAAGUGUCUGCUAGUCCUGGGAGACAUGCUGUGCCUGAGGUUUCGCCGUAAGAAAGCUGUUUGGGAUGUGGAAUAUUCCAUCAGAGCCGCAAAAGAGCGUAUCUAUCCACUUCCAACACAGGAAGCUGACAUAUUCAAUUUUGGUCAUAGAGAUGAAUCCUUUGAGCAAUCAGAUCCGGAUUCAGCUUUUGUGGACAUAGACGAAGGCAUUGACAAGUCACAUGCUGCGUUUGAGCUGAUCCCCGACGACUUUCACCUUCGGGGUGAAUGGCUGGAUCACCUUGGUUCAAAUAUUCUUCAUCGAUAUUCUUUGAGCAAAGCAACCGAAGACGUUGAUAAAGCUGUCGAAAUAUGCAGAAUUGCCUCUGAAGAUAUCAACUUUGGCCCCUCAGAGAAUCUUAUAGAGGCUCUUCUUACUCGAAUUCCAGCUACCUGGGACGAGUCUGAUAUAUUUGAAGUCAUAGAGCUCUGUGAUGAAAUGCUGGUGGAGCCUCUAGGUGAUCGAAGGAAGACAAUCUUGCAGUACCGUGCUGAAGCCUUUUACUUCCGUUAUUGUUUAAGCGGUAUGGUGGAACAUAUCGACGAGAGCGUCAAGGAUUCCAACAAAGCAAUAGAUUCGGAACGUGGGAGCUUAGAGUCGCUUAGUGUCAGGUGUCAUAGGUUUAGGAGUGGCUUGCUAUAUACUCGAUAUCAGCGGACUGGUGACCUGGCCGAUCUUGAUGACUCGAUGGUCUCAGCAGCGACCGUGGCCAAGAUUCUCUUUACCCCUGGCCCCAAAUCGAAAGCUACACUAUUCAGUGUGCUAGCAAGUGAUUGGGUCUACAGAACUGGAGCCACAGCGGACCAAGCACACUUUGCUGAAGCCAUCGAGUGGCCUGCAUGCAUCAAGCUAUUUGGCACGAGCCGAAUGGAUUCUCUACAUGAGCUAUGUCGACGGCACUAUGAACGAUACGAAGUGAGGGGAAGGGGUGGCGAUCUUCAAGACGUUGUCAAUAUUCUCAGACAGAUGGUAGAACUGGUCCCCAGUCAGUCCUUGCGGAGCAGUCUGGGCAGCCGCGCCAUGCAGCUAUAUUCCGAGUUCGACUUUCUUCAGACACUACUUUUGGAGGCAAAAACCAUUUUUCGGCGCUUGGUUGAUGAGCCAGAGACAGACUCAACAGACCGUGUACGGUAUUCUUUACAACUGGCUCAUUGCCUUUGCUUCCAGCACGAGAGAACUGGAGAUAUUGUUGAACUCACUGAAGCCGUCAACAUUGCGACGAGUAUAUUCGAGACGGCCAAAGCAGAUGAUGCAAACUAUACACUCGCCCUGAACAAUUUCGGCGAAGUGAUCUACCAGCAGUGUCGAGUCAGCAAGACGUUACCCAAUAUUGAUCACAUCAUCGAUCUUCUACAAAAGAUGAGAGAUUCAACAAUGUCACACGCUCCAACCAAACCGCUCAGCAAAUUGGUUGAGUGCCUUCUCUGGAAGUACCGGAUGACCGACGAAGCUACUCAUCUAGACACGGCAGUUGAGCUGGCGAGACUUGCUGAAAACUCCCUCCCCAAUAGAUACCCUAACCAUCAUUGCAUCAUUCGACAUAGACUUGCAAUAGCACUACACGAGCAGUACUUGGUGGCGACGAGGCACUCCGCUCUAGAGGAGGCUAUUGAACUGGAGAGACAAAAUCUACAGCCUGGCCAGUUCACCCGUUAUCUUUCUCAUGCUAAUCUCACAUCGCUACUUUGUGAGCUAUACAUCGAGACAGGCGAUCGAGAGCACCUUCAAGAGGCCAUGGACAUGGAAAGAGAAACGAGGAAUGUUGAUGGCCGCUCCAUCUGGUGCUUCAGAGGUGACCGCGUGUAUAUUCCAUAUAUUCUCGACAUCGAGAAAUCACACCAGCUUUCGAAUAAGCUGCAGGAACACUUAGAUGCUAAACACUAUACCCCGGAGCUCAGGUCACGGUAUAUUACGAGUCUGGCUUUAAUGCUCCUGGGUGCGGGUGAGAACGAUCUAGCAAUGCGGCAUGCAAGAGAGAGUCUAGACUUGGUUCCACCACACAGCCUGGACCUGCCAUGGCACUUGUGCUGCCUGGCGCUCUGCUUAAUAGCUAGCCUUACAACUUCGAAGGCCUCCGAGCUAGAAGAGAUGAUCAGUUCAGCGGAGAAAGCCGUGGAGAUCUCGCCAGAGGAUCAUCCUGGCAGACCAUUUUACCUUUCGGUUCUAUCAAUGGCCCUUCAUAGACGAUUUAUGAAGACCGGGAGAUCGUCUGACCUCAACUUGGCGAUCGAUUACGGGGUUACGGCUUACAAAUUGACACUUGGAGACACGCUACAAGACUGCGGUAAUCGAUACCUGGCAUCAGAUGAGCUAUCUUUCUGCUUACAGCACAAGUACCUCAGAGAAGGUAUUCCGAGUGAUCUUGAACAGUCUGAAGAACUUCAUCAAGAGGCUCGUAACUGUAGAGAGAAAUUGAAAAGAAACAACGCGUAUUUCAACUGGCUUCAGAGUUCACCUGAUGGCGCUUACACUGUUCAUCUUGGCACCAACACCAAAGGGUCGUUCAGGCUCCGCAACAGAAGUCGUGUGUGUGCUUUACUUCCGGACAAGCUGGACUGUCACCCUCGAAUAUUUGCGGUUGCACAGACUUAUUUCCGAUAUUUUCAAGCGUCAGAAGAUGAGAACUACCUCUCCAUGGCCUUGGAUGCCUCGACCUCGUCGGUUGCGUUCAUUCAACAGCACCAUAUCACGCACUCUGCACGUCUUCACCUCGUUGGGCGAUGCUAUGAAGAAUACUACAAGAGGUCAAUAGCAGCUGAUUGUGAUGAAGAGGAUCAAAAAGACCGCCUAAAUUACCUCGAUAUGGCAGUUUCGAAAUUCCGAGAACUCAUUAGUCAUCUUUCUUCGGAAGAUCCUCUGCGCCCUGAUGUUCUGGGUCGUCUUGGCUAUUUAUACUCAGACAAGCUAUUCUACAAUUACAAGCUGGAUGACUUGAAAAUGGCAGUGGAAGUACACCAGGAAUGUCUCCAUCUGGCCGAGGAGAAUAAAAUCGAAGGUGCAAAGUGGCUACGUCAUCUCGGAUGCUCUAAACUUAUGUCUUACCGCGUAUUCAAGGACGAAACUGAUUUGCAAGAAUCUGUCAAGCUACUUGAGCAAGCAAAGGAUAAGAAUCCAAAUGACAAGGCAUUUAUCCCUGGCCUCGCCAGUGCCUACCGCUCUAGGUUCAUGAUUACAAGGGACGUCAGAGACAUUGACGCUGCCAUCGAGCUGUAUCUCAACUUCCCUGUCAUGGAUGAUACCACAUUAUCUUGGCUCGGCAGUGCCUAUCUUGGCCGUUUUGAGCUGACCAAGGUGCCUGAGGACAUGAAGCUGGCGAUUUCUAAUUUGGAAAAGGCUCUCGAGCUUACCAAAAAUCAGACGGAAAUCUCAGACUUCGUUCAGGUGCUCCAAAAUCUGGCAAAUUGCUACCUUACGAAACAUCAUUAUGGAGGGAAACUUGAGGACCUCGAGCAAGCAAUUCACUACGCACAGGAGGCUGUGGAUGUUGAAGCGGAAGAAGCUUUCCAGGUUGUCGAUAUCGCAGGCCUAUUGGGACUGUGCUACAAGACCAAGUACCAGGUUACGCAAUGUGAGGAUGAUCUUCUCAAGGCAAUCGACGCCGAUGAGAGCGACUUUUGGGUUUUCAUGACUGUCGCAAAUACAUCAGAUAGCUUGGAGCUUGCUCAAAGACUCAUGGAGUCGUACAAAAGUCUCGAGAACUGGGAGAAGGGCUUAAAGAUUGCUGAGUACGCACUCGAACUCAUCCCUGCCUAUACACCGCGUUACCUACGAUGGUCGGAAGCCCAAUACCUUCUCUCUAGAAUCAGUGGACUCGCAUCUUUCGCAGCCGCUUUUUCACUUCAAGCCGGGAAACGCGACGGGGCCAGUCUGGCUCUAUUAGAAAGGGGCCGGGGAGUUGCCGCAGAUCUUUUGUAUGAUCUUCGUCUUGACUUUGACAGUCGCAAAUUUGCGGACCUGAAGCCGGCGUAUAAGGAGACCCUCUUGAGCAGUAUUGGGCGCCUUGAGAAUCCUGUACAGCUACCAGGCCAUCUUCCCGAUGCUGUUGCGUCUGGCACAGCAGAACUGACUAGGAGGCUAGAAGCAAGUAAAAUCGUUGACGAGUUCAUGGAGAGUUUUAGCGCACGUCUGAAGCCAGACAAUACGGGCUUCACAGGGUUUACGAGGAACGGUCCCAUUGUGAUCAUCAAUGUCAGCUUUCGCUGUGAUGCUUUCAUUAUUAAACACGUUAUUGAGACCAUGCCCCUACCUAAGCUAUCUGAAGAAGAGCUGGAAGGACGACUCCGCGAUGGAAAGUUGGGAAGCCUAAAUACCUUGGAAUGGCUCUGGGAUACUAUCACGGGACCGAUUCUGGAACAUCUGGGUUAUUUAGAGAUGCCUUACAGCGAAUGGCCUCAGAUAUGCUGGAUACCUACGGGGGCAUUGAGUCGCUUCCCGUUGCACGCAGCUGGCUAUCACAAAGACAAAACUGGCCGCACCGUCAUAGACAGAGUCAUAUCGUCCUACAGCUCAUCCCUGAACGCUAUUCUCGAAGGGGGAGCGAAGGAUAAACGCAACUCGUCCACUAAGGCGGUGUUGGUUGCGAUGCAGAAAACGCCGGGCAGUUCUAGCCUCCCGCACGCCCCCAAAGAGCUAGCGAUUGUCCAACAGAUAUGCGAAUCGAUGGAACUAAAUACCGUGGAACCAAAAAGACAAACCCAAGAAGUACUCGCGGAGUUGAAGGACUGUGAUAUCUUCCACUUUGCCGGUCACGGUGAGACAGACGAGACAAACCCGCUGAAGAGUCAACUGCGUCUUGAAGACUGGCAGACGCAGUCCUUGGCAGUAUCUGACCUGCUAAGUCUCAAGCUACGCGAUAGCCCACCAUUUCUGGCAUAUCUUUCAGCUUGCGGAACGAGCCAGAUCAAAGACAAACGCCUGCUAGAUGAGAGUCUGCACUUAAUUAGUGCAUGUCGACUGGCUGGUUUUAGACACGUGGUCGGAACACUCUGGGAAGUCGGUGAUGAGGCAUGCGUCGAUGUCGCGGAGACAGUCUACCAGGAGCUGAAGGACUCCAGUAUGGAUGAUGGGUCUGUCUGCCGGGGACUACAUAAGGCUGUUCGGAAGAUUCGUGAUAGUUGGGUGACGGAUGCGCGUAUGCGGGUGGUCAAAAAGGAUCUGGACAACUGGAUUGUAAACGUCAAAUACGGUGAGAAUGACUUUAAAGAUGGGCUGGGCGGCGGGAGAUCGGCAAGGGAUAUCGUGCCGCUGGAGGAGGACGAGAAUGAGAGGCCUGCUCCUUGGGUCGCGUAUGUGUAUCACGGAAGAAGAUAG